CUGCCGCCGCGGGCCGCGCGCGGCGCCGGCCCGCGGUCGGCGCCGCGCGCUUCGCGCGGCGGGCCUGCGGCGCGGCGCUCGCGGCCUGGGCGGCCCGCGCGCGGCGGUCCGCGGCCCUGGGCCGGUUCCUCGCGGCGGGCGCGGGGCCCGCGGCGCUCCGCGCGCGGUCGCGGCGCCGGCGGCUCGCGCGGGGCCUCGGCGCGUGGCGGCGGCGCUGGGAGGCGCUCCACCGCGGCGCGGCGCCGGCGCUCGGCCGCUGGUGGAAGGCGCGAGUCGCCGACGUCGAGGGCCCCGCGGCCGCGGCGGACGUCGCGGCCGCGUUCCGGCGCCUCCGCCACGUCGCGCCGGCCUCGCGCGGCGCGCUCCGCACGUGGCGCGCGGCCGCGGCGGC